AAUCGCCUGCGGAAGCCAUAACAACAUUGCUGGUGUGGUGUGUUUUAUUCGCUCGUGUCGUUAGCCGCUCCCGCAAGAAAAAUAUGUCUUCAAGAAAAUUCUUCGUCGGUGGAAACUGGAAAAUGAACGGUGAUAAAAAGAGCCUGGGCGAGCUGAUAAUGACCUUGAACACAGCCAGUCUGAACGAUGAAACAGAGGUGGUUUGUGGAGCUCCCUCCAUCUAUCUUGAUUAUGCAAGAUCUAAGCUGGACCAAAGGAUCGGUGUGGCUGCCCAGAACUGCUAUAAGGUUCCCAAAGGAGCCUUUACUGGGGAGAUCAGUCCGGCAAUGAUUAAAGACUGCGCCAUCGACUGGGUGAUUUUAGGGCAUUCUGAAAGACGUCACGUUUUCGGCGAGAGCGAUGAGCUGAUUGGUCAGAAGGUGGCCCACUGCCUGGAGAGCGAUUUGGGCGUGAUCGCCUGCAUCGGGGAGAAACUGGAGGAGAGAGAGGCUGGAACCACAGAGGACGUGGUGUUUGCUCAGACCAAAGUCAUUGCAGAUAAUGUGAAAGACUGGACUCAUGUAGUUCUAGCGUAUGAACCGGUGUGGGCCAUUGGCACUGGGAAAACCGCUUCACCUGAACAGGCUCAAGAGGUGCAUGAAAAGCUAAGAGGAUGGCUGAGAACCAACGUGUCGGAUGAAGUCGCUGACUCAGUGCGUAUUAUUUAUGGAGGCUCUGUUACUGCAGCCAACUGCAAAGAGCUUGCAGGCCAAGCCGAUGUUGAUGGCUUUCUGGUGGGAGGAGCUUCUCUUAAGCCUGAGUUUGUUGAUAUUAUAAAUGCCCGCUCAUAGAGAUGCUCAACCAUUUUGAUGGUCAAAACCAAAAAUCAGUAUAUAACAGCUUCUUGUCGUUGUAGCAGGUCUGCAAGCACUAGCGUUGGCAUUUAAACCAGGUUAACUUCAAUAGUUCUUGUCACAUGGACUGAAAUGUUAGCAUCCUUUUGCAUUUAACUUAAUGUCAUAUAAUUGUUGGGACAUUGUUACUUGUUAGAUGCUGCACUUGAACAAACCUUUGUGUGUUGUCUUAUGUGCUCACACACACCACACUACUUGAAGUCUAUUAUGUACUGUAUUGAUUAUUGCACAAGGCCGGCAUUGAAUGUUGCACAUGGUUUGUGUUAAUUUAAGACUUGAUCCUCUGUAGUAAUGACUACAUAAAUACCCUAUUUGUCCUCUUAUUGUUUACUUUCCUGCUUUAAUGUCUGUAAUUAUUUCCGUGUGUCCUACCGGAAUAAAUUGAGUACAUACUUGCAGUGAAGUUUAAA